ACGUUUUUCCGGAUGUGCAUCCUUGUUCCUAAAGUGAUAGUUGACGCUAACACCGCUGACUUAAAUCCUGUGUGAGUUGUAUCAGCGUGGUUUACGGAGUUUAAACAGUCUUUUACAAACAUGCAAGCUAUGUUAAAUUGUAUUUAAAUCGGGUUAUCCUCUAUUUUUGCCAGUCGAGGUAGAAAGGUUGAUAUGUCCGACAUUGAGUCGGAGCCGGCGGGGCUGGAAGGCCUGCCGCCGCUCUUCAGCAUUUCCAAGGGAGAAGUGGUCUCCGUGCAGACGUACGGAGCUUUUGUCCGCCUGCCAGGCUACAAGAAGGAAGGUCUGGUACACGUGAGUGAGAUGUCAGCCACGCGCGUCGAGAGCGCUGCAGAAGUAGUCGACGUGGGAGAGAAAGUGUGGAUCAAAGUCAUCGGGAGAGAGAAAAACGGCGAGAAGAUCAAGCUGUCCUUCUCCAUGAAAGCCGUCAAUCAGGGCACAGGCCGAGACUUGGACCCCAACAACGUUAUGGCAGAGCAGGAUGCCCGGCGGCGGAGGCAGUUCCGAGACCACACGGGCAACAGGAUCACGCUUGAGGCCGUUCUCAACACUACCUGCACUAAAUGUGGCUGCAAAGGCCACUUCACAAAAGACUGCUACUCUGCACCCGGUUUGCAGUACGCUCUUGUGCCAGAAGAGGGCGACGAAGAAACACAGCAGCAGCAACAGCAGCAGACAUCUGCAGCGGCACCUCAGAAAGAUAAAGACAAAAAGAAGAAGAAAAAGAAGGAGAAGAAGAUGAAGAAGAAGAGGAAGCGCGAGAGGAAAGCGUCGGACAGUGACGAGAGCAGCAGCGACAGCGGCGAGUGCAAACCCAAGAGGAGAUGUCACGAGCGUGACGACGACAACAAGCACAAGAAGAAACACAAGAAACACAAGUCGCACAAGCACAGCUAAGAUGCACGCUCAUUUGCAAAAUGGCCGCCACAGCGGUGAGGACUCAUUUUCCCUUCAACUUUGGAUUUUUCUCAGAUUUUCCUCUUUUUCUCUUUGUUGAAAGAGUACUUCUGGUUUCAGUCACUGGAACUUCAACUUGGACUAAAGCCAAUAGCACCCAUUACAUUUUCAUCCAAAGUUCUGGUAACUUUUGGUCCUGGUACCUUUUAGAUCCAUGGACUCCAAGGUCUCCAGACCUAAGAUCUGUUUAUGUUCUGCUUUUAGUUUUGAGUACUUUUAGUUCCCGAGGCUAACACUAAAAGUGCACAAUUUCCUGUUUUGAAUUCUAAUCUUAAUUUUUUUAUCGCACUUUUUUUGUUAUUUUGCAGCUCCUUUUUGUUAUCUGGUGACAUGUAAGUGGAUAUGUGUAAGCAAUAUGCCCCCCCCCCCCCCCCACGAGUAGAAAUCCUCAUCUAGUUUCACAUGUCUCUAUUUUCUGAAAAACGCACACACACACACACUCGCACACAGGAAGCAGUAAAGGUGCAAACAGGAAGUGUAGUGUGCCUGAUAGUGACACUUCCUCCGUGUUUUGACUCAGGGUUCUUUUGAAAUUCAACCAUUUGAAGGUUACUCUUGGGCAAUAGGACUAUUUAAAAAAAAAAAAAAGAAAAAGGACGAUCCUCCUUCCAGUGUCACUAAGAAUUCCUUUUUUAUAGGCGUGAUUGAUGAUUUCCAGAUGUUGCGCAGUGUGUUUGGCAAGCUGCGAUUCAGGAUUGCUCGACCGUGGGUUGAAAAAAGGCCCGUCGGAACAUGUAAUGAAGGAUUAUGUGCAGCCAUGUCGGUUUUCAUAAUCGGUGCAAAAAGACAUCAGAGAAGAGGGGAAAAAAAGUCAUUAGCAUACACUCAAAAAAUUCUAAGCAUCCGCUUGCCAGAAAUGGAAGAAAACAACAUCACAUAUAUCAUUUUUUUGGCUCUUGUGUUUGUUAGCAUGUAAGCGGGUUGGCCUGUGCUCCUUACAAGCAGGAAGUCUAAUUCCCACAAUGUCAAUUACGAAUGAACAAUGUGUGCGUGUAUUGAUGUGCAAAAAGGAUGUGACAACCCCUCAGUUGUUCGUCACGUAGGAUAUUUUAAUUCUACAGAGUUGGCUGUCCCCCAACAAAAGACUGCUGCAUGUAUUUAUAACUGAUAGCAUCCAUAGCAUGCGAUGUUUACAGACAUGUAAUAACAAUAAUGGGGGGGGGGGUGUAUGGUGUGUCAUUGUGGGCACAAUAAAGUGUGACAAAGUGCUUCCCGCUUCUGCAUGUGAAUUGGUGAACCCUAACCCUCCAUACUAGGAGGGCAGAAGGUAGAAGUUGCACAAGUGGCUUUAAUUUCUGUUUUUUUUCACAUUUACUUGAUGUGAAAAAUACAUGUGGCCUAUAUUUGCUUUCUAAUUUUCAAAUAUUUUCUUCUACUUUUGUGGGAGCAUUUUUAUAUAUAUUUUUUUUAGUCUAUGUUUUGUUAUUCCUGGUGCUGUCCAGUAGGUGUAGAAGGUGAGGCGCCAUCCAGGUCUUUAAAGACCUUGGAUCUAGUUGGCGACCUGUAAUAAUCACAUGCUGCCUCUGUUGCACAUAAAAGCACCUGGAAUUGUUCCUUUCACCUUGCCAGGACAUACACACACACACACACACGCAGUAGAGGACGCAUAGGAGCUGCCCGAUGUUUAUUUAUAGAAUGGAAAGUUUGAUCACACUUUUUGAAUCACUUCAGAGGCGUCGGCCAAAUUCCAUUCCGGGCUUGUGUUUGCCAACGCUGGCCUCGUCUUUUUCUAUGCACAUGUCUAUGCUAUCCGGUAUAAAAACAAAAACAUAUAGCUAAAUUUUGCAUUCGUAAAACAAAUUUUUGUUUUGAAUAUAUAUAUUUUUUUAAUUAUAUUUGAGAUUUUUAUUCAGAAAAUUUUGCAUUCGUAAAACAAAUUUUUGUUUUGAAUAACAUAUUUUUUUAAAUAAAAUUUGACAUUUUUAUUCAGAAAAUUCCAUGGAGCUUUAAAUUUUUCUGUGGGCAGUUUGCGACAGUAAUUUUGGAGACAUUAAAAAAAAAAAUCACAAUUUUCACAUGUUUCGCCUCAGAUGGUAUAUUUUUUAAUUAUAUCCGUUAUUUUCAGUUGAAAACAUUUGUAGGUUUGAAAAUGGAUUUCAUGCAUCUCAACUGCAGACAAAACAAAAAAACAACAAAAAAGAAGCAUAUUCCAAAAAAAAUCAAUAAAAUUUCAUUGAGAUAUUUUCAGUGUUUUUAACAGUAGAGGUGGACGGCAGAGCGGGACGGGUCCACAGAUGGCGUAAUACUGACACUCCGCUAUACGAAGGAAAGGUGAGUUGCCACACAUGGGUUUUGGGGCUGUGUGGAUGCAAGGAUGUUUUUUGGCGAGUGCGUGGAAGGUCUUCAUUCCGCCCGCUCGUAGGCGCGCGUGCUGACCACGUCUCCCAAAGUCAGCGUCUGUUUCCAAAACAGAAAGAGGACCUUUCAGAAAACCAAAUAGCACUUAGCGGGUUUUUGCUUUUGAGGGGCGACGGACCAGCGUGAGGGCGUUGUCGUUGACUUCUCGCACCAGACUGGUCUCCUUGCCAUCCCACCGCUGGAUGUGCACCAUCUUGCCGUUUUCUAUUGUCACCAGUGACUGCACAAAAGGCAGGGAGGGGCAAAAAAAACGCUCAUGAAAAUCAGACAAGUGAUUUUUUUUUGCAUAAUUCCGCAUGACGGUUACGCAGGCACAUUCAUUUGACGUUAUUGUAAUUUGCCUCCAAUUAAAGUUUGACUAUCAAAUUGAAAAUUCAUUUCCAUGGCAAUCCUAAAAACAUUUGUAAAUAUUGCAUUCAGUCAGACCCACCUUGACGUUCCUGCUGUCGGCAGUGGUCUCGUCGAACUCCUCCCCCAGCUUGAAGGAGAGUUCAGUGUUCUUGACGCUGCUCCGCGUCUUGACCGUCACCGUGUCGCCCUCCACCGCAAUGAUGGUGGUGGGCUUGGUCAUGUUGCCCAAUUUGCGGACGGGGAAGCUCACGCCUGUGGAACCAACAUUGCGGUUAGGCGGCAUGGGAAAAUUGAUAGUGUUGUGACUGUCACUCGUGGGGUGAUGUGUCCUUUGUCUGCAGCCUGUUAGGCGGGAUUACGGAUCACUUCUGCACACGCGUGCACCUGAACAUGCCACUCCGUGACUCAUGGAGCCUUUUGUGUGUAAGGCUGCCGAUUGCCUUAGCGACGGGGUCAGACGGGUCAAUUGUAAAAGGGCCCUCAGGUCACAGCUUGUAAAUAUCUUGACACCCCACCCCCAACACACAACACGCACAUGUACAAACGUCUUGCAUAGGCGUACCUAAUCUAGUGUCCAGUGAGGUCCUAUUUGGAAUCACAUGUUGCAUUCUUUCUAAGCAGUAUUUGAAAGUGCAAGCCCUCCUACAUUUACCAACAAUGGCCACCUUUCACAUGGAAGUGUGUGACCGGUUCCUCAGUUCUCCCACAGUGGUAGUGGGGGUGGGGGUAGGGGGGCAUUCAGGGCCCAGCCCCACCACACUCAGGCCAUGUGCUCGCUUACUCACCUCCCCUCCUCUUCUUCCUCAGUCUUUUCCACCCUUAUGCUACAUUCUACAUCUUGUUUGUCCCUUGAAUUAAUGCGCACACACACAUAUACACACACACACACUCACACACACACUGGCGGGCAGCAUGUGCUCACACACACACACGCCGCACCCCAAAAAACAGACUCACCCAGCAGUUUCAUGUAUUCGUCAAAAUUCUCGCUGUUUUUCAGGUUCCAUGUGCCCACGAAUGCCUCGGCCAUGAUGUCUGCGGAAAGCUGGAGGAAUGAGGGGAGAGUGUGUGUGAGUGUGAGAGAGAGAAGAAAA